AUGGACAUUAACGAUCUUUUCGAUGAUAUUCGUGGUGAAAAGUCUCCGAUUAAAAAAGACGUAAAAGAAGCAAAGUUUUUGCAUCAUGAAGCCAGCACAUUAUCGCUCAGCUUGCCGGAGUUUUCCGAAGACGUUGACCAGAAUAAAAUGUGGGACGAAUUUCUUAGUAUAUGUCGGUUAAUUUUUGAAACUAAUGUCGAAGACAAAUUUCCCUGUUUUCUCGCUGAUGACUUGUGGAAAGUUACUAAUUGUGACAAUAGAUUCGAGAAAUUGUCAGCUGAACAGGUGAGGUUGCAAAAAAGUGUUAUUCAAAAUAGUCCGGCCGUUCUGGAAUUUCUUGAAGAGCAUGGCAAUAUACUGAGUGAUGUCCAAAAAAGGCCUACGCAAUAUAAAAUAUCAGCUAGUAAAGUUGUAUAUCGGAAAAAAUUUUAUCACAUUGGUAAUGUUUCAAAGACUUGUGCAUCCAAUGUUGUUGACCACCUUGAGUCAAUUGAUGUUAAAGUUUUGUCUUGCUACCCUGUAUUCAAGAGGAGAGAUGACAAAAUAAAACUUGAUGAAACCCACCCUUCUACGUCAUUCCGGUUGUGUGUAGAUGAGAAGUAUGCGGAAAUAGUUGAAAGAUCAAGUUCUUGGCCUGAUUAUGUUCAGGUUAGGAAUUGGGUUUUCAAUAACAACAGCAAAAGUGGCAGCACCAGAAAUGCCGAUGUCAAUGUCAGGACAUGUUCUGAUGUGAAACGAUGA